AUGUAUAGCUCCUACAAACUGUAUUCUGCUUGGGGUGACAUCAUUUCUGGCACUUCACCCGCAUUUUGGGCAUACAUUGGAAUAUUCAUGUCCCUAGGUCUAUCUAUACUAGGCGCAGCAUGGGGCAUUUCACUUUGUGGCUCGUCAAUUAUUGGUAGUUCAAUUAAAGCACCAAGGAUUACGGCUAAAAACCUUGUAUCUAUAAUUUUUUGCGAGGCAGUGGGUAUAUAUGGCCUUAUAAUUUCACUUUUGUUGAUCAACUCAGUUGGUACUAUCAAGGGAGUCUCGAAGCCUGUGGAUUUGAAUGUUGAUACUGAUGUCAUGAUCGAAUAUGGCAAGGAUGUUUACAAGGGCUGGGCCAUAUUUGCUGUUGGUCUCAUUGUUGGCCUGUCAAAUCUCUCUUGUGGAAUCUCUGUUGGCGCUGUCGGUAGUUCCUGUGCAAUAGCAGAUGCGCAGCGACCACAACUUUUUGUGCGAAUUCUUAUGAUUGAAAUUUUUGCUAGUGCCAUUGGACUAUUUGGAGUGAUUGUUGGUGUAAUCAUAAUUGCCAUGUUACCAUAG